GCAGCGUGUGGCGGUCUUACUCCCUGUAAGGGGGGGAGGAAAGAGGAAAAGGAGGAAGCAAGAUGGCGGAGGCUUCCCCGCAGCCGGGACGGUAUUUUUGCCACUGCUGCUCGGCCGAGAUCGCGCCGCGCUUACCGGAUUACAUUUGCCCAAGGUGCGAAUCUGGUUUUAUUGAAGAGCUGCCUGAGGAACCAAGAAAUGUUGAAAAUGGAUCCAGCUCUUCAGCCUCGACCAGUGACCAGAGCAGACAUCCGUUUGAGAAUGUGGAUCAGCCCCUCUUCACCCUCCCACAGGGCUACGGUCAGUUUGCCUUUGGGAUAAUUGACGACAGUUUUGAGUUCCCAGCCUUUGGAUCCAACACACAAUCAGAAGAUAACCGUGAUGCUGAGAACAGGCGGGAGAGGGAGCAUCAGUCUCGGCACCGAUAUGGAGCCAGGCAACCCCGGGCUCGUUUCACUGCACGGCGGGCAGCUGGGAGGCACGAGGGAGUCCCCACACUAGAAGGAAUCAUCCAGCAGCUGGUCAAUGGGAUUAUAGCACCAACCACGAUACCAAACCUUGGAGUAGGACCUUGGGGAGUCUUGCAUUCAAAUCCCAUGGACUACGCUUGGGGCGCCAACGGCUUGGAUGCCAUUAUUACUCAGCUCCUGAAUCAGUUUGAAAACACCGGCCCGCCUCCUGCGGACAAGGAGAAGAUUCAGGCCCUCCCAACAAUUCAUAUAACAGAGGAGCACGUUGGUUCGGGGCUAGAAUGCCCCGUCUGUAAGGAAGAUUAUGAAGCUGGCGAGAGCGUGCGACAGUUACCUUGUAAUCACCUCUUCCAUGAUGGCUGCAUAGUCCCCUGGCUGGAACAGCAUGACACCUGCCCAGUGUGUCGGAAAAGUUUAAGUGGGCAGAACACAGCCACGAACCCGCCUGGACUCUCCGCAAUGAAUUUUGCCUCCUCCUCGUCAUCCUCCUCCUCCUCCCCUUUCUCCAGAUCACCAAGUGACGAAAAAUACUCAAACAACUCAUGCAUAUUUAAAAAAAAGAAAAAAAAAAAAAUGUUGCCACUCUCAUGCUCUUUUCUAAUGUCAUAG